GGGCCGGAGAGGGGAAGGCGAGGCGGCCAGUCAAGUGACUCAAGGCAUCUCUAUCCAGUCGGAGGUGACCCAAUAGAAGGGGAGGGGAAUGGAAGAGCAGGACCCAGAAGGAGCUGCAGCUGGCAAGACAGCAAGCAAAGGCCCCCCUCCCACCCAAGCUGCGGGUGCUGGUGAAGGCUGGGAAAGCCCCGUGCCAGAGACACCUUCUCAGGUCACAGAGAUCUCAGAGGUGCAUGGCCAACACUUCCGGCAGUUCCAGUACCGUGAGGCUGAUGGGCCCCGAGAGGUUUGCAGCCGGCUCCAUCGACUCUGCAGCCACUGGCUGAAGCCAGAGAGGAACUCCAAGAAGCAGAUGGUGGACCUGGUGAUCCUGGAGAGGUUCCUAGCCCUCCUGCCCCAGGAAAUGCAGCGCUGGGUCAGGGAAUGUGGGCCGGAGACCAGUUCCCAGGCGGUGGCCUUGGCCGAAGGCUUCCUCCUGAGUCAGGCCGAGGAGAAGAGGCAGGCAGAGCAGAUGUGGGGACCAUCCUUGGAGAGAGAAGCUCCAUUCCCUGAGGCAGAACGAGGUUCCUUGGAGGAAGGGCAGAGAGUGCAGGCUCAGGAGGGUGCCCAAGAUGCCCUCUCUUGUGGCACUGGAGAGAUGCUGUUGAAUCAUUCCAGAGGUGUGGAAACAUCUGCUUUACCUUCAGUCCAGUGCCCCUUUUCCUUUGAGGACGUGUCUGUCUGUUUCACCCCAGCAGAAUGGGACCUGCUGGAUCCGGGCCAGAAAACUCUCUACAGGGAAGUCAUGCGGGAAAACUAUCUGAGCGUCAUCUCUCUGGAAGACAGAAGUAUAAGAGAGACUUUGGUGGAGAAAGACAACAUCCUCACAUCCGAAGGAAGGCUGGAGAGUUUCUCAAGGGGAUCCCAAGAACAGAUUUCCUUCCCAAAUGAGCUGGCUGAGAGUGAGUAUCCUGCACAGUUAUGUCCAGGGAACAGGCAAGGAGUAGCCAUGGGGGUUUUUUGA